CGGUUACAGUUUGAAGUCUAAAAUUAGGGAGGCACCCCGACUGCAAAUGACGCAAGGAAGCUAAAGUGGACGGAGGCUGGUGUCGGUGUGUCGGUGCUGACAGGACUCCGGUCCAUGGAAACGGCGCCUACAACUUUACUGUUGUCGAUGACAUGGAGCGUAUUUUUAGCCGUUGUUGUCAUCUUUCCGUAACAGCGCGGCUGCGGCCAUCAGUAUAAAGGACUCUUUCAAAAUGCAGCUGUACAACAGUGCGCUGACACACUACCCGAGGUCGUCUCGCAAAGUUACCAUAACUUUGUCGACCGCGUCCGAGCGCUUGAACGGAUCAACACAAAGUUCCUGUGAGGCCGACGGGCCCAGAUUCACUCCAGCAGACUCAACUCCGGAGCUACACGGCGAUCCAGCGACAGAGGCUUCCGCAAACAUGCCUGCCUUUUCUUGUUACGAGGCUCCAUCCCUGAGGCCAGUUUACUUCACCUCCACCGCUGAGAUAUUAAUCCGCAGACCUGAUGGGGUGGAGAGGUCUGUUCCUGUCCACAUCAUGAGGGAGUCCAAGUCCAAACCGCCCUCUCCUCAUCCGCAGAAUGGGGAAGCUAACUCUGAUGUGAUAGUGGACUUUAUUGAUCAUCUGAGGAAUGGGACUGAGGAGCUUUUGCCUGAGCACGUUUUCAACAGCAUCACUGUUUCACCCAGAAUAGACAGAUACCAGAGGAUGGUGGGAGACUCAGGUGAUGCAGAUUCGCUCACUGAUGCCAACUUCAGAACCAACGCAUGGGCCUCGUUGCAUGAGGAGGACCCAGAUCUCCUCAGGGCAGCUGAAGAGCUCAAAAGGGAAGAUUUCAGUGAAAUAAAUGGUGGCAAAGCUGCUCCAGCGUCAGAUGAAAAACGGGCUUUUGAGCUCAGUGUUCUGCAGGAGUCUCCCUCAAGCCAAGAGAAAGGGGAUCUCAACGAUAAAGUGGCCCGCUACCUGGCCGAGGUGGAGAAGCAGAACAAGUACCUCCAGGAGAGGCACAAAUACAGGUACCACGUCAUUCCAGAUGGAAACUGUCUGUACAGAGCUGUGUGCAAAGCCACCUACGGGGACCAGGCCAGACAUGGGGAGCUGAGGGAGCAGACGGUGCACCACAUCGCCGACCACCUGGACGAGUUCAACCCCAUCAUCGAGGGGGACGUAGGGGAGUUCCUGAUCAACGCGGCUCAGGAUGGAGCCUGGGCCGGCUACCCCGAGCUGCUCGCCAUGAGCCAGAUGCUGAACGUCAACAUCCACCUCACGACAGGCGGCAGCUUGGAGAGCCCCACCGUCUCCACCAUGGUGCACUACCUCGGGGAGGAGGACGCGUCCAAAACGGCAAUCUGGCUGAGUUGGCUCAGCAACGGUCACUACGACGUCCUCUUGGACCGGUGUCUCCCCAACCCGGAGUAUGAGGACUGGUGCAGAAACUCACACAUGCAAAGAAAACGAGACGAGGAACUGGCAAAGUCGAUGGCAGCCUCAUUAUCCAAAAUGUACAUUGAACAAAACGGUUGUGUGUGAAUGCCAUCGAGCAUACUGAGAUGUCAUGGCUGUACAGUUAAAGAAGAAUGCAGAGCUGUCGUUUCUGUUUCUUAAAUUAUUUUUUAUAAGAUAUAUAUCCAGAGUGAAAAGAAGUGCAGUGCACAUACUGACUGGUUUUUGUAUCUGCCAGCAUUUCCAAACUAGCGCUAGUUGUCUCUGAAAGUGUUUGAAAGUGUGCGAGCCUGUUCUUCUCGAUAGUUUGGGUCAUGUUGAUAUGAGUGAAAUACUUUGAGGCUGUUCAGAUAUGGCUAUAAAAGUGCUUUUGGAGUGUACAGUAUUUAUUUGCCUUUUCUUGGCAGUUAUUUUUCUAUUAUGCCUGUACUCUGGCAAUUGCCACAUAUAAUAUUUUCAAAUACAGAGAAACCUGGGUUGCAUUUCCCCCCUUCUGGCUACAUUGUUUCUUAUCUGUAUAGUUUUUCUUCUUUUGCAUAAUCCUACCAGAAUAGUUUGAUUUGUCUUUGAGAACAAUUUAUCAUCAAUUAUUCCUCUUCUUUUUUUUUUUUUUUUUUUUAGAGAUUUAACAAAAUAUUUCAAAAUAAAGUACUGAUAAAAACUGA